AUGACUCCAGAACUUCUACAGGAUGGCCCAGAAAGCGAUCCGGGAAUUAACCAACGAGCCAUAAUGCAGCUUUUUGAAGCUGCAGAUGGACGAAAUAAAGAUAUAGAAUAUGAGAUCAACGUUUCCAUGAUGGAAAUCUAUAACGAGAAGAUCAAGCAUCUGAAAGCAAAUUUGGAUGUGCAGAAGCAAUAUGGGGGACCCCUUUUAAGAGAUCUCCUUGGAACGUCAAGUUCGCCACUGGCGAUCAGAUUGGGCGAAGAUGGUCAUCUGUCAAUUCCCGGUCUACGAGAAGUUCGCGUCACUUCAGUUGAUCACGUUAUAGAGGUGCUGCGAGAGGGAAGGAAAAACAAGGCGGUGGCAUCCACAGAAGCUAAUGCUUGCUCGAGCAGAUCUCAUGUAAUCGUUCGUGUUAUUGUUUCAGCCAAAAACAUAAUCACCGGCACAACGUCAAUCGGUAAACCACGCCGUUUGAACCUCGUGGAUCUGGCUGGAUCUGAACGAGUAUCUCAAACCAAUGCCACAGGACAACUCCUCAGAGAGGCACAAGCAAUUAAUAACUUUACAUCUCUUCAACUUCUUAGGGUCAAAGUUAAAUGUAUCUUUUCUAGGUCUCUCUCUGAACUCGGUAAUGUUGUCUUUGCCCUACGACAAAAUCAGAAACAUAUCCCAUUCCGAAACUGCCAACUCACACGUAUCUUAGAAGAUAGUCUAAAUGGUGACAGCAAGACACUGGUGAUUGUGCAUCUGUCACCAGACGCCGCUCACAGUAAUGAAAGUGCCAGCAGUAUAAGUUUUGCUGAAAAGAUCGGUCAUGUGCAGACUAAGCUACGAAGAGACACUGCCAUUAGAAGAAGUGGAACGAGUGGAAGGUGAGA